AUGGCCAUCUGGAACCGCAAGUCGAGUUCCUCUGACGGCGCAAGCCCUCACAACUCCGAUCCUGAGUACGGUGUCAAAUCCGAGUACCAGGCAGCGACCGGAGAGGUCCCUGCCGUUGACAGUAAUGGCGUUACUGUCCACGCCGACCACUCGCAUCUGCACCGUGGUCUCAAGUCGCGUCAUAUUACUAUGAUUGCCAUCGGAGGAGCCAUUGGAACUGGUCUCAUCAUUGGUACUGGCAAGGCUUUGGCACAAUCUGGUCCUGGUUCAAUUCUCAUCGCCUACACUUCGGUCGGUCUCAUCGUCUAUGUCGUCAUGACUGCUCUUGGCGAAAUGGCUGCUUGGAUCCCUCACUCUUCUGGUUUCGCUGGCUAUGCUACUCGUUUCUGCGACCCUGCUCUCGGUUUUGCUCUUGGAUGGACUUAUUGGUGCAAAUAUGUCAUCACAACGCCGAAUCAGCUUACCGCUACCGCUUUGAUUCUCCAGGAAUGGAAAUCCAGAGAUGAAGUCAAUCCGGGUGUCUGGAUCGCAGUUUUCUUAGUCGCCAUCAUUGCCAUCAAUUACUUCGGUAUCAAGUUCUUUGGUGAACUCGAAUUCUGGCUCAGUUCAAUCAAGGUCGUUACGAUUGUCGGUGUCAUCCUGCUCUCAUUUCUCCUCGCGGUCGGUGCUGGACCUGGUGGAGCGACUGGUUUCAAGUACUACGACGACCCCGGUGCUUUCAAGCCGUACAUCACCACCGGAUCUGCCGGCAAGUUCUACGGUUUCUGGAGCUCUUUGGUCAAUGCCGUCUUUGCCUACCUUGGUACUGAACUCAUCGGUGUCACUGUUGGUGAGGCCCAGAACCCACGCAAGACUAUCCCUCGCGCGAUCAAGCUUACCUUCUACCGGAUCUUGUUCUUCUACUGUCUGUCGGUCUUCUUCCUAGGAAUGAUCGUACCUUACAACUCUGAUGAGCUAGCCUUCGCAAACAAGGCUACUACUGGUGCCUCCGCUUCGCCCUUCGUUGUUGCCAUCAGGAUUGCGAAAAUCCCACAUCUUCCCGGCAUUGUCAAUGCUUGCAUCUUGCUCUUCACUUUUAGCGCCUCGAACUCAGAUCUCUACAUCGCCUCCCGCACAAUCUACGGUCUCGCUGUCGAAGGCCAUGCCCCCAAGAUCUUCCUCUGGACCGACAAGCGUGGUGUACCCGUACCUGCUUUGCUCGUCUCUGCGCUGUUCUGCUGCACUGCCUUUAUGAAUGCCGCAGACGAUGCUAAGGUUGUUUUCGGCUACUUCGUCAAUCUCACGACCAUUUUCGGACUUAUGUCCUGGAUUUCGCUUCUGGUGUCACACAUUUGGUUUGUUCGUGCGCGCCGCGCUCAGGGCAUUACCAACGACCAGAUGGCCUACCAUGCUCCAUUCGGUCUUACUGGCUCCUACAUUGCGUUGUUCUUCUGCAUUCUCAUUGCUUUGACAAAGAACUUCAGCGUCUUCACCAAGGGCAGCUAUGGCAGUUUCGAUUAUAAGAACUUCAUUACUGGAUACCUUGGCAUUCCGGUCUAUUUGAUUUGCAUUUUCGGUUACAAAUUCAUCAUGAAAUCCAAGAUGGUCAAGCCUCACGAAGCCGACUUUUACACUGGCAAGGCCGAAAUCGAUCGUGAAGAGGAGGCUUUCCUUGCUCAUGCCGCGGAGAAGAAGGCUACCGAGGGCAAGGGCGGCAGUUGGUUCUACCGAACCUUCGUCGCAUGGUUGAUUUAG